UUUAUUUAAUACGGGCAACCACGUUUCAGUAAGAAAGAUAUGCAAUUUUAGGUUACCCGAUAAAGAGCGGCUAUAGCCUCUGCUUCUCCACUGUGCGCGCAUCUCUACGAUUUUGCGGCGGAGAGAGGAAACUCUUCCGAUUGGUCUGUCCUGUGCUGUGAAAUUUUAUAGAUUCAUCAUCUCAUGGCUGGUAAAGAUAAAGAUGCCAAUAGUUCCAACACCAAAGGAAAAAAGAAGGAAGUUAAGAAAGAGACUGGUCUAGGUCUCUCAGUCAAGAAAGAUGACAACUUUGGAGAGUGGUAUUCUGAGGUUGUUGUUAAUGGUGAAAUGAUUGAGUACUAUGACAUAUCUGGUUGUUACAUUUUGCGGCCAUGGGCGAUGUCCAUUUGGGAGAUCUUGCAAACCUUCUUUGAUGCUGAAAUUAAGAAAAUGAAGAUAAAAAACUGCUACUUCCCCCUCUUUGUGUCCCCUGGUGUUCUACAAAAGGAGAAGGAUCAUAUAGAGGGGUUUGCUCCAGAGGUUGCAUGGGUUACAAAGUCAGGAGAAUCUGAGCUGGACGUGCCCAUUGCCAUUCGGCCAACUAGUGAAACUGUUAUGUAUCCUUAUUUUUCUAAGUGGAUUAGGGGACACCGUGAUUUGCCUCUGAGACUUAACCAGUGGUGCAAUGUUGUUCGAUGGGAGUUCAGCAAUCCUACUCCAUUUAUCAGGAGUAGAGAGUUUCUUUGGCAGGAAGGGCAUACUGCUUUUGCAGCAAAGGAGGAGGCCGAUACCGAGGUCCUUGAGAUUCUGGAAUUGUAUAGACGUAUUUAUGAAGAAUUCUUGGCUGUACCUGUUAUUAAGGGCAAGAAAAGUGAGCAUGAGAAGUUUGCUGGUGGACUUUACACCACUACUGUAGAGGCUUUUAUCCCAAACACGGGGCGUGGUAUACAAGGUGCAACUUCACACUGUUUGGGUCAAAAUUUUGCUAAAAUGUUUGAGAUCAAUUUUGAAAAUGAUAAAGGAGAAAAGGCUAUGGUCUGGCAGAAUUCAUGGGCUUAUACUACCAGAACAAUAGGGGUAAUGAUUAUGGUUCAUGGGGAUGAUAAAGGCUUGGUGCUGCCUCCUAAAAUAGCUUCUAUCCAAGUAAUCAUAAUUCCUGUACCCUAUAAGGAUGCCAACACUCAAGGAAUCUUUGAUGCAUGUGCAGCUACCGUAAAGACCUUGAAUGAAGCUGGCAUCCGUGCCGAGGUGGACUCUCGAGAUAACUACUCACCCGGAUGGAAGUAUUCAAAUUGGGAAAUGAAAGGUGUUCCUCUUAGGAUUGAAAUAGGCCCCAAGGACUUGGCUAAUAAUCAGGUGCGUGCUGUCCGACGUGAUAAUUCAGCCAAAAUUGAUAUUCCCAUGGCUAAUUUGGUUGAGCAAGUAAAUGACUUGCUCAAUAACAUCCAGAGAAGUCUCUUUGAAGUUGCUAAACAAAAAAGAGAUGCCUGCAUUCAAACUGUAAACACGUGGGAAGAAUUUGCGGAAGCACUGAGCCAAAAUAAAAUGAUUCUGGCUCCAUGGUGUGAUGAGGAGGAGGUGGAGAAGGAUGUAAAAGCACGGACAAAGGGCGAGAUCGGUGCAGCCAAGUCCCUGUGUUCUCCAUUUGACCAGCCAGAACUCCCAGAAGGUACAUUGUGCUUUGCCUCAGGAAAACCUGCCAGAAAGUGGACGUACUGGGGCCGGAGUUAUUGAAGACUGGUUUUAUAUAUAUAUUAUCACCCCCUGCCAUAUAAAGCGCUACGAUUGAUUAAAUUUCUGAUUGAUACUGUUGAGGUUAGAUGAUGUGAAACACCCAUUCUAAAAUAGUUAGUGUUUAAGAUUCUCAGAAGAUUUACCAUAUACCUCAUGGAUUUGUAGUUCCAUUUUGCCCUUCGCGUUAUGACUUUAUAAAAUGUGCUUGUAAUGCCCAUGAAUGCUUUGAUGCAUUAUAGUGAUUUCUCCAGGCUAUUUGAAUGAUUUGGUACAAUAUAGCUCGUUUGAGCUCA